AUGUUAGGUAUGACUCUAAAAAGCUUAACAAGCAGCAGAAAAAUAAUUGACAUUAUAAACAGAUAUGGACACUGUAUUAGUUAUCAAGGCGUUGAAGAAUUAGAAACUGAAACUACAUUUACAUCAAUGAAAAAGUCUAGCUUAUGUCCAGAAAAAAUAAAAAAAAAACCAGAGCUUUUUACUGGUGUGGCAUACGAUAAUUUUGAUCGUUUUGUUGAAACUUCUAGUGGUAAGGAUACUUUACACGACACAGUCGGAAUAAUAUACCAAAAUAUCGAUGCAGAUACAACUGACGAGCCUGAAAUGUCCGAAGUUUCAAGUGAAAAUACUUCGCCGAAUAAAAAAAGAAGAAGAAGAACAUUUGAUGAAAUAAAUAUAGAUGAAAUGCCAUACCCUAAGAAACCCAAAAUGACAAGUGAGUUACAAUUAUCAGUCGAUGAUAUAGAAUGUAUAGACUCUCAAAUAAACACGGAAAUUGACAACAUAUGGAUGAUUAGUCACGCUUUAGAAUUACCUGAUGUACCUAUGUGGGUUGGUUUCAAUAGUCAGAUUGAUGAUCAGGAUAGUCCACAACAACAUAUAUCUUACUUGACGCCGAUAAAUGCAUCUCCAACCAGUACACCAAUCGUAUUAGAAACUAUGAAACAAAGCCAAAAAAUAGCUGAAGAUUUACAGCAACCCUACAUACAGGUAACCUACGAUCUAGCUAUAGCUAAAGUAGCGUUACAAAUACAAGCUACAGAAAAACCAACAUUUGAUAAUUUAUUCAUUCAUUUAGGACCAUUUCAUAUAAUGAUGGCUUACUUCAAAGCUAUCGGUAAAGUAAUUAAUGAUUGUGGGUUGACUACUGUAAUGGUUGAGAGUAAUUUGCUGGCAAACGGUUCAGUUAAUGGGUUUUUAGAGGGAAAACACUUUAAUCGCUGCAAAAGAUUGCAUCCUUUAGUAGCAUUAGGACUAGAAAUACUACAUUUUAAAUCAUUUUUACAAAAUGAUAACAUUACCUUAACUGAGGAUAUAAUAGAUGAAGUUAAAAGACUCCAAAAUUGCAAAAUUUCUUUGUUUGAAAUUGAAAAUGAUGGCCUUAAAGAGCUGAUAAAUAACUACGGUAUCUACAAACAACAAACCCUUAACGGGGAGCAUGGUAAAACGUCACAAUUUUAUCUAAUUUAUAUAAAUCUUAUACAUCAUUACUUGGACUUGUCUCGAAGUAUUCGUGCUGGAAAUUUUCAACUCUUUAAAUCAGUGUUACCUAAAAUUACAAGCAUUUUUUUUAUAUUGAAUCAACAAAACUAUGCUAGGUGGAGCGUCAAAUAUUAUGAUAAUCUACUGCAAGUUGACAAAACUCAUCCUGAUUUGUAUGAAGGAUUCCUAAAAGGCUGUUUUGGAAUUAAAAGAACUACCAAGCCAUUUUCAAGACAACCUAUUGACCUGGUUCUAGAGCAAACUAUAAAUGCAGAAGCUGCAAGAAGGCUGACAGGUGUUACACACUUCACUAACUCAAUUUCGGCGCGACAACGGUGGGCUCGAAACCAUGAUGUGAGAUCUACAAUUAUAAGUCAAGUUUAUCUUGAACUUGGACUACAAAAACAUCAAGAUAUUUCAGCAGAUUUGAAUCCCCAUAAUAUCAGGAAAAACGCCAAACAAUUACAACAAUUUGUCGCAACUUUCGAUCAAUUUAUCAAUCCUUUCAGUUUAGAAGUUCCCAAAGACCAAUUAGUAAAUAUUUCAUCAGGAAAGUCCGCAUCACUGCCAGUAGAAGAAUUUCUAUUAAAUUUAGAAGCUAACGGCGAUAGCCUUCGAAAAACAUUCAUUUCUGAAUGCCAAUCUGAUAUUACGCGAUUUGAAAAAGCUAUUAAAAAAAAAUCUAUUAAUAAUUUUUCUAAAGAUUAUGAAAAAAAAAAAAUUAAAGUCGGUGGACAAAUUCAAGAAGUUAAAAUUCAAAGGGAUUUAUUUGGACGUAUGCUGGGAAUCUCAAUGGAUUACAGCAUUGACAUUUCAAAAAUCUUAUCCUACCCGAUUACUUCAGUACCGUUGUCAAUGUGUCAUUUGGAUGGGACCGUUUGCAAGACCGAUAAAUCUGCUUUGAUGAAAUGUUUAGAGAAAGAGGCCGAGCAUGAACAGCCAUCUCAAAUUGAUAUUCUAAUAAUUGACGGUUUUUUUUUGUUACAUACAAUGAAAAAUGUUCCUAGAAAAUUCGGAGACAUUUCUAAAAAAAUGUUGCAGAUGGUAACUCAAUUAAAAGCGUCAAGAAUUGAUGUCGUUUUCGACCAGUAUUUUACCCCAUCGAUAAAAGGAUACGAACGUUCUCUGCGAUUUGAAUCUGCACAAUUGGAGUAUACUAUUGCUGGUCCUGAACAAGUCCGUCCUAGUGACUUUGUCAAAGAAUUAAAAAAUUCUAAUUUUAAAGAAGCUCUAGUUGAUUUUUUUAUUUUACACUGGGCUUCUGACGAAAUGGCGCCGUUUAUUGGCAAUAAAAUGAUACAUAUAAAUUUCAGAAAAUGUCAUUCGUUUACUGUUAAUGAGGCCAAAAAAGUGAUGUCAGGUGUAAAUGAGGAAUUGUCUUGCCCAGAGCAUGAAGAAGCAGACACCAAAAUAGUGUACCACGCGUGUAAAAUUAACCAUGAAGCAAACAUUGUGAUUCGAACUGUUGACACCGAUGUUGCUGCUAUAAUGCUAAGUCACAUGCAUCGUCUUAAUGAUGGAUCACAUGUUUGGAUGCUUACAGGAGCUGGAAAUAAUUUAAGAUAUGUGGACCUAACUAAUAUACACGCCAAAUUAGGAGAAUCUAUUUGCAGAAGUUUACCUGGACUACACGCUUUCACAGGAUGUGAUUACAAUCCUGCAUUUUACAGAAAAGCAAAAUUAAAACCGUUUAAAUUGUUAAAAAAAUAUGUAGAGUUUCAACAAGCAUUCAUGAAGUUUGGUGACAGCAAAAUCAUCGAAAAUAACAAUGAACAAGUAUUAAUCUUCGAUAUAAUUCAAAGUUUUGUAUGCUAUCUAUACAAUAUGAAUGAUAUCAAUGAUGUUGAUGCUGCUAGGCUACAAAUGUUUAUUAAUUCGUAUACAGUAUCUGAUGUGAACGAAGCUUUUAAUCGAAAAAAGUUGCAAAAUUUCGAUGCUAGCUGUUUACCACCUUGCAAAAGUGAGCUAUGGCAGCAAUUUUUGCGAGCGAAUUACAUAUGUAGCAUAUGGAACAACGCUCACUUACAAAAGCCAACAGCAUAUAAACCAGUAAAUAAUGGUUGGAUACUGGAAAAUGACCACUACUAUUUUAAAUGGUUUGAAGGAGAUCAAUUACCGACUUAUGUCAGCGAAUCUCUAAAAACAGUUCCAGAAAACAAUGAAGAAGGCGAUAUUGAAGACGAUCAAUCCACAGAAUGGAAUAAUAGUGACGAGGAAUAUGGAUGUAUUGACGACGACGAUGAAAAUGAUGAAAAUGUUUAAAGAUUUUAUUAAAAUAAAUAUAUUUUUCUGUAA